GAACGCACCAGCAGCAGCAGCAGCGGCAGCGGUAACAGCAGCAGUUAAACUGAGUUUACAUUUACACUCCAGCAGAGAAAGCAGCACAGACAGUCAAAAUGAGGGAGAUUAGUUUGUCCCGGAUUGUUCUCAUUCUGUUAUGUGCCGUUUGUUUUGUUGUCGUCCUAAUUAUUAACGCUUUGGCCGGAACAGGCAAAGGAUUCUUCCAUUCCUCUACUGGUAACGUGUCGGGACGCUAUGAGACGGGCAUCACUCCGGCAGGCUGGACCUUCUCUAUCUGGGGUGUCAUCUACACAUGGCUCACCCUGAUGGUCAUAUACAUCACCUCGUAUGCCUUCAGAGGUUCCUGGGCUCAGUAUCUGCUCCCCUGCGCCUUCUAUUUCUGCUGGCUGUCCAGUAUGGUGAUGAACGUGGCGUGGCUGGUGCUGUGGGACAAAGAGUUCAUGCUGGCAGCGUUGGUUGUUUUAAUCCUGCUGGUGAUCUCCAACUACAGCGCUCUGUUCUUCUGCUGCUUUGCCACAGAUUACUACGGAAUAUGGUUGAAAACGUACCAUUGCAAAGACCUGGCGUGUCUCUACAUACUGGCCCAGAAUGGUCUGGCUGUGUACACCACAUGGACGUCCAUUGCCUCGCUGAUUAACUUCUCACUGGUUCUCCAAUUGUGGGGCGUGGACAAGACCACAGCGGCCACCGCGUCUCUGUGCAUCCUGUUUGGAUUCGUGAUCGUAUGGUUCAUCCUCGAGAACUGGGUGUUGGACCGCUGGGUGCGUAAUAUCCUGACCAUCUAUGCCGUGGUGAUCGUGGCACUCGUCGGAAACGUCUACAGACACUACAACCCGGCCGACCCCACUCCGAACUCUAUUUUCAUGGUCGUGCUGCUGGUGGUGGCGUGCGUCCUGCUGGUGUCCCGGGUCUUCACAGUCAUCUGGAGGAACAAGUGGCGUCCGCUCCACUCUCCGGGCUCGGCGCGGCUCAUGGUGUCGCCUCUGGACAGCAGGAAGUUCCGUCUCUUCACCUGAAACCCAGCAGCAAGUGUUUGACGGUGCUAACUUUGUAUUCUCACAAAUGACCACAGGCACAGAUUUGUAAUGAGAAGGCAGGAAAAACCUCUGCUUCUAUUUUCUCUUCUCCACACUAACUCCAGAGCUUUUUUUACACAUUGAACACAUUUUACUUUGAAGUUUACUUAUAAACUACUAUGUUCACGACUACAUGAAUAUCGUUGAAGUAUAAAGUACAGUUAUCAAUUUUAUAUCUUGCUAUUUUAAGCUAAUUUUCUGUUUUUGCGUUUAGACACAGUGGCUUUUUGCUGUUCAUUUAGUCACAGCCCAGCACUUUUACAUUUAAAAUACUUACUGAAGGACAAAAAAACUAGAAGAAGUAGAAGUACUUGGUGCUCAAUAAUCUUAUCAUAAGUGUUGCUGCGUUUUAUUAUGCUCAUUUAUUUUGUAUAUGCACAGUGGUUAUGAAUAUACUUGGUAUAAUUUGAAGAAUGUGCCUUGAAUUCCUUUUAUUCUGAUAAUUAAAGUUCUGUAUGUCUAACCCAGUCUAUUUUAACAUUCCCCCCCACACACCUUUAAAAAGCCUUGUUUCACUUCAUAAACCAGAGAAAAAAAAAAAACCUUUCACAUCUUUUUACUUUUGCCCAAGAAACUUCCCUCAGGCAGCUAUUGUAUUUCCUGUCCUCAUGCAUGAGGUGCUAAAAUGUGCAGCUGGAGUCAUUUUCUGAGGUUUUGGCAGUGUGUGGAGAAUUAAUCUGGAACACAAACAUGAGUUUUAGCAACACUUCCCGUUAUUCACAUUGAGUGUGAUUAAUUUUUUCCCCUUUUUUUAUAUCGUUUUAUUUAGUUUUUAUUCAUUCCGAGUUGAAGAAAUACUGCUAUAUUUAAUUAGUUAGUUGGUCUGUGCUAGUUUGAUUUAAAUAAGAUAUAUAAAGAAAUAAAAGAGACAAAAAAAGUGUGGGGGGAGAUUCUCUAUCAACAGCUGCUCGUUUGUUUACAACGACAUUUUCUUUCCGAGUUCAGUUCAGCACAUUAUUUAUUACUGUGCCACUUGAGAACAUGGUCUAAAUGUGAGCUCUAACAUCACGUGUAAUGUACUAAAAAUAAUUUUCUGAUUUAUAUUUGGUUUGUCACUGAAGGUGAAGUAGUGAGUGUUACUGGGCUUACUUUGGAUUUUUGCAUUGUUUUUCUGCCCCCCUGUGGUCAUAACUUCUUACUGCAGGCUUCAUAACGUUUACAUUUUAUGAGCUUAUUACUAUACACACAGUUAAGUCCCAACAACCUGGUGCUUUUGUUCGUUUGGCUCUGUGCACUUUGUUGGCCAUGAUAAGGAUGAAUUGAGUCAAAAUUAAAGAUUCAACAUAAGGUU